AGUGUCAUAUUAGAGUCCGCGCAUGACUCCAGCGUCAGCGGUCUUAGCUUCUCAUCUUUCAACAUUAGUGCAAGACACGAGUGCCUAGCACGCUGGUUUUGCAAAGACCAUUGUCAGAGACGAAAACGCCCAACAAAGCCAUGAUAUCACCAGCGUGGAUGGGUCUUGCCAUUUCGUCAUUGAUUGCACCUCAAGUGUUCUUGGAAACAAUUAAUCAACCAGGUUGCGGCGUCGUGAAGCCUAUUGGGAGGAUUAUAAAUGGAAAGACAAUCGACCGGACGAGAAUGCCAUGGAUCGUAUAUCUUCUCAUCAACUUCGAGGAUAAACCUGGCCAUUUCAAGUCGCAAAUAUGUGGCGGGAGCGUUAUAUCACAUCGCUUCAUAAUAACAGCGGCCCAUUGCGUAGUUUCCAGCUUAGAACAACCAGACAAUAUUCAUGUGAAGUACAAUGCAACAUGGGCAUACGAAGGACCGCGUGCACAUGUUAAAAAGAUCAUUGUGCACCCUGGCUUCAGAAUAACGACACUGCAAAAUGACGUAGCCCUUUUAAAGUUGUCAAAACGUCUGCAGUUCGACAGAUAUGUCAAACCAGUUUGUUUGCCUCGGGUAAAGAUGUGGCUGGUGAAUUAUCCGGUGCUGGCUGCUGGCUGGGGACACGUAAACGAAGAAGGUGGAAAGACACUUCGCCUCCUGUACAUCAGAACGAAAAUCCUGCCCUAUAAAGACUGUCCACACCGGUUCAACAACUCUCGCCACAACUUCACCCGUUCUGAAAUGUUAUGCACGGACACAAAUGGCAAGGGAACGUGCCUGGGUGACUCAGGAGGGCCGGUAACCACAUGGGAAACACAUGGUCAUACUUCCAGAUUCAUCCUAGUCGGCCUGGUGUCUUUCUCGUUUGGGUGUAGCGGAGAUGGAAGCUCAAACAUUCACACCCGUGUGUCACACUUUGUGAAGUGGAUCAAAAGCGUGAUGUAGAUACUCGCCUAUACCUCGACGAUAAGUGUAAAUAAACUGGU